AUGUACCAGACACGGCAACCAUAUGCGCCAACACCUCACAGUUAUGUUCCAAAUACGACGCUCUCGGCCACCAUAAAUCUUGAUGAGGAAGUCAAGCUGGCCGAGACACGAGCGGAACGGGAUCUCCAAGAUUCGCUGGCGGAAGUUUUCAGCGUUAUUAUCACAUUAGACGAGUUGGAAAAAGCAUAUCUCAAAGAUGCCAUAUCCGAAGCCGAUUAUACAGAAACUUGUGAUAGAUUGUUAAAGCAGUACAAAGCUAUCUUGACGGAUGAAACUGUCGCUCGGGAAUUUGUGGAUUUGGAGACCUUCAAGGCCGAAUGGGAUAUGGAAGUACCAAGAGCUACCGAGCGGAUUCGAAUCGGACUUCCAAGCACUGUGACGGCACCAUCCCAUACCGCUACGACGACCACGAACGGUGGGACAAACGGCACGCUCAUUCUUGAAGCUACGCAGGACUUUAUAACUUUCCUCGAUGCGCUUAAGUUAGGAUUGCUUGCGAAAGAUCAGCUGCACCCUCUGCUUUCCGAUGUCAUUCAGAGCGUGAAUAAGGUGACGGAUAGUGAUUUUGAAGGGAGGGCAAAGAUAGUUCAGUGGUUGAUUGCUUUGAAUCAGAUGAAGGCGACAGAGGAGGUUGGCGAAGAACAGGCACGGGAGUUAGAACUGGAUAUGAAUUCGGCGUAUCAAGGAUUCAAAGCGACCUUGAAAUGA